AAAAUUCCUACAACAUAAAAAUCUCAGCCGAGUUUGCCAAAUCAACAUCACAUAGCAUUUUGAGAUCGUUAAAUAUUAAUAUUAAAAAAUCCCACCCUCUCAUUCUCUCUAGUCUCUAGUUUGGAGCCUUCACUACAAUACCACCACUUGAUGAGAGAGAGAGAGAGUAUAUCCUUCCAAUUCUGCAUCAAUCAGCUAAUAAUGUUAAUUGCUUGUGUUUGACAUCACAGUAAAAGGUAUCUUUCAGCAGCUCCUAAUUUUCUUCUAUAACCUCAUAGAUUCAUCCCAAACAUCUCCAAAAACAAAGAUGCCAACCGAGGAAGAAGCAGCAACCUCAAUCACCUCAACUCAAAACGACGCCGUCCGAGGCUCCAACCCUCCCGUUCCACCGAAGAAGAAGCGAAACCUCCCCGGGAAUCCAGAUCCGGAGGCGGAGGUGAUAGCGCUGUCGCCGAAAACCCUAAUGGCGACGAACCGGUUCGUGUGCGAGAUAUGCGGGAAGGGUUUCCAGCGGGAGCAGAACCUGCAGCUGCACAAGAGGGGCCACAACCUGCCGUGGAAGCUGAAGCAGAGGACGAGCAAGGAGGUGCGGAAGCGCGUGUACGUGUGCCCGGAGAAGACGUGCGUGCACCACCACGCGUCGAGGGCCCUCGGCGACCUCACCGGCAUCAAGAAGCACUUCUGCAGGAAGCACGGCGAGAAGAAGUGGAAGUGCGACAAAUGCGCCAAGCACUACGCCGUGCAUUCCGAUUGGAAGGCUCACUACAAGACUUGUGGCACUAGGGAAUACAAGUGUGAUUGUGGUACUAUUUUUUCAAGGAGAGACAGCUUCAUCACUCACAGAGCCUUCUGCGACGCCCUAGCUGAAGAAACUGCAAGAUUCACAGCUGCAUCACACUCACACACACCAAACCAUUUCAUCACCUCAUCUCUAGGGUUAGGGCAACACCAUUUCCCCCCAAACCUACCCCUAUGGGUAGCUCAUGGCAAUCAACAAUCCCAUGAUCACAACUCCAUAGCCAAACACCUUCAAGAAAUGCAUCAUCAGUUCACCCUCGACCACCCGCUCGUUCAAAACCCUAAUCCGCCGUCUCUGUACCAGACGGCGAAUUGGGGUUUCGGGAGAGAUCAAUUCCCCAACCAAAACCCUAUAAUGAUCCCCAUCCUGAAAGAGGUUAGCGUUCCGUCCCUCUUCCACGCUCAGAAUCAGAAUCAGAGCUGCGCGGCCAUCUCUGCAACGGCUUUGCUGCAGAGGGCCGCGCAGAUUGGGGCCACGACACGCGAUGGGGAUGGGGACAAGCUUUGCGGGUUGUACGGUACAACGAGCUCGGGCGGGAGCGGGCUCGGGAGCGACGUGGAGCUCUCGGCGACGUUGGAUCAUGAGAUGGAGAUGUACCCGCCUUUGAAACGGUGUCGUAGGCCGGUUGAAGAGGAGAUAGGGUUGGGAGAGACGAGGGAUUUUCUUGGAGUUGGGAUGCACACAAUCUGCAAUCCUUCAGCCAUCAAUGGAUGGAUAUGAUAUGAUUCUUGCAUUAAUUAAGAAUAUUAGUUAAAAGAUGGGAAUAAAAGUAUGUGAGAGAUAAGGGUGGAGGAGAGAGAGAGGAUGUGGGGAAAAAGAAAAGGGUUUAGUUGAGUUUAAUGUGCAAGCUUUGAGGAGAAGGAAGAAGAAAUAUUUUAUUUAGAGAGGGAGAUAAGCAAGAUCCAUGCAUAUUCUGUCUGAAUAUAUAAAAAUAUGUGUUUAUAAUAUUUCACCUUUUGAAAA